GAUAAGGCUGUUGCCAUGGUGAUGAAGGAGAUACCGAGGGAGGAGUCUGCCGAGGAAAAGCCCCUCCUUACUAUGAAAUCACAGGUGGGCAGAAUGCUGGUGAAUGAGCAGCAAGAAAGCAGACCCCUCCUGAGCCCCUCCAUCGAUGACUUUCUUUGCGAAACCAAAUCAGAAGCCAUCGCAAGACCUGUGACAUCAAAUACAGCAGUUUUGUCAACAGGGCUGGAUCUUUUGGACCUGAGCGAACCUGUCUCCCAAACCCAAAACAAAGCAAAAAAGUUGGAGAAUUCCUCAAGAGGGGAAGGCUUGAAGGCUUCUGCCCACAGGAAGAAGGCAGACAACCCAGAUAUUAUCAGUGAAGAUGUGGAGCAAAAACUACAGCCUGUCAGAGCUCCUGAGAAGUCAUCGUUGGAUUUAGUCAAUAUCCAGGCACAGCUAGAGAAAUGGGAUGAAAUGAAGCUUCAUGGAGAUAGGACCAGCAAAGGCUUUCCAGCGCCUGAAAGAAAACCUUCAUCGUCUAGAGCUCCUUCAAAAGAAUUUUUAUGGUCUGCAGAGAACAGGUCCCAGUCAGAGCUGGCCAGUGUCAAGACUGUGUUGGAAUCUGAUUCGGUCUCAGAUAUAGAAUUAGCACCGGCACCAAAGGCACGAUCUACCAAAGAGCAACGCUGGGGAGGCACCCUUCUUUCACGAAAUCAUUCCUUGGAAGAGGAAUUUGAAAGGGCCAAAGCAGCUGUCGAGUCAGACACCAAGUUUUGGGAUAAGAUGCAAGCAGAGUGGGAAGAGAUGGCGCGCCGAAACUGGAUCUCAGAUAGCCAGGAAGCACAAGGCCAAACAACUGUCUCUAUUAAUGAGAAGGGCUAUUAUUUUCAUACAGAAAACCCCUUCAAGGACUGGCCUGGGCCUUUUGAGGAAGGUCUGAAAAAGCUGAGGGAGGGGGACUUGCCCCUUGCUAUCUUAUACCUGGAGGCUGCUAUUCUCCAAGAUCCACAUGACUCUGAGGCCUGGCAGUUUCUUGGGACAACACAAGCUGAGAAUGAAAAUGAGCAAGGAGCAAUUGUCGCCCUCCAAAGGUGCUUAGAGCUUCAGCCAAACAACUUGAAAGCCUUAAUGGCCUUGGCUGUGAGCUUCACAAACACUGGGCAUCAGCAGGAGGCUUACGAAGCGCUAAGAAACUGGAUCAAGCAGAAUCCUAAGUACAAGUACAUUGUAAGAAGUAAAAAAGGAUCCCCGGCACUUACCAGGAGAAUGUCCAAGACAGCAGACGAAAGUUCAUUGCUGGAAGAGGUGAAGGAGCUGUAUCUGGAGGGAGCCCAUCAGAAUGGGGAGAUGAUAGACCCGGACUUACAAACAGGACUUGGGGUGCUCUUCCACCUGAGCGGUGAAUUUAACAGAGCGAUAGACGCAUUUAGUGCUGCCCUCACAGUUCGGCCUGAGGAUUAUUCAUUGUGGAACCGUCUAGGUGCAACCUUAGCAAACGGAGAUCGAAGUGAGGAAGCUGUGGAAGCUUAUACGAGGGCACUGGAAAUCCAGCCUGGCUUCAUCCGGUCCAGGUACAAUUUAGGAAUAAGCUGCAUCAACCUAGGAGCGUACAGAGAGGCAGUCAGCAAUUUCCUCACGGCUCUCAAUUUGCAACGAAAGAGCCGGAAUCAGCAGCGCGUUCCUCACCCUGCUAUUUCAGGUAAUAUCUGGGCAGCUCUCCGGAUUGCUUUGUCUAUGAUGGACCAGCCGGAACUUUUUCAGGCUGCUAACGUGGGCGAUCUGGAUGUUCUACUAAAAGCUUUCAACAUUGAACCCUGACACACACGCACACACACGCACCAAGCCCUCCCCCCUCCCCACAGAAGACAACGUGGACACUUCUCAGCAGAAAGGGUUCUGCGGGAUUCCACCAGAUCUCCAGAAAAUUAAAAGCACAAAACCUUGUAAAUAUCACCUCGUUCAAGUCCAAUGAUGGAUUUAUGUUAACAGCUACUAUGACGUAGAUGGGAGUUGGACAAAACAAUUUCACCUGAAUGUUCCUUAUGACAUGUACCUGUACAGAGAAAAUGUGUUUUAGGUAUCAUGCUACAUAUGCAUUCGAGCACACACGCAAAAAGGUGUGGGGUAGCAUUUCCUAAGGACUCCUGCUAGUCCAUUGGAUUCAUGGCCCUUGAUAUACAGCAUCAAUGGGGAGGAGUGAUGGCUUGCCACUCCUCAUCAAGGUCCUUUCCCCAUAUAUAUGGCCAUCAGUAUGUGCAUGUUAGAGUAGCUGUGCUUUUCCCAUCAACAUAGUGAGCUGGUAACCAUCUAGGGCAUAAAAUUAUGUUAAUUGGAUUCUAAUUCUGGUGUCUGGAUCCCAUGAAGCACUCCAAAGCAGAGCUCUCAUGAGAUUCAAGAA